GCCGGACUGCCGCAGAGCCGUAAAGGGCUCUAGGAGUCGUGAGGUGGCGAGGCGCGGAAGUGUUGCUUUACGACGAUUUGAAGGGAAGGAGCAGGCCGGCGUUGGCUACUUGCGACUCUCGGCACCACACGUGGGCGAGUGUCGGUGUUACGUCCCAGAAUUCGUUCCUUUUGGCGUGGACAAGCCACACUGAAGGACAGAGUGGCAGCGGAGGCCAGGGGUCGUGAGCUGAUGGAUAUUGCUGUUGAAAAUGAAGGGACAUUGGGAGGAGGUCUGCAGAGUGGAGCUGAGGGGGCGCGGCUGAGGCUCGACUCUGGUAGGGAGAGAGUCGGGGGCACAGCAGGGACGGACGCUGGCAGCGUAGAAGUGGGGAAUGGACUGGCAGGAAUGGAGAAGACAGAUGAUAGAGAAGGAAGUGGACAAAAGGCAGAUGAGAUGCGAGUGGACCUAACGGUUGUGAAACAAGAAGUUAUGGACUGGUCGGAAAUGGAAGACGGGAUGCUGGAUGGCCGGUGGGUAAAGCAGGAGAUGGAGGAUGGGCCUGAGGUGAAAGAGGAGAAACCAGGCACUUUGGAGGUGAAGCAGGAGAUGGGAAGUAGUUUUGUGGUAAAAGAAGAGAAAGUGGAUGAAGCAGAGGUAAAAGAAGAGAAAGUGAAUGUGAAGGAAGAGUUAAUGGACUGGCUAGAUGUGAAGGAAGAGAAGAAGGAUAACUUGGAGGUAAAAGAGGAGGUGUUUGUUGCUCAGAACAUAAAAAAGGAGGAAAUGAUGGAUGAAGUUUGUGUUAAAGAAGAGAAGUAUUUCCCAAAGGAAGAAGUGAUGGAUGAUGAUACAAAGGUGAAAGAAGAGCCUCAGAUAAAUCCCCCAGUGGGUUUCAAACGGAAACUGGCCAUGUCAAGGUGUGAAACUUGUGGUACAGAAGAAGCAAAGUACAAAUGUCCACGUUGUAUGCGAUAUUCCUGCAGUUUGCCCUGUGUAAAGAAACACAAAGCAGAACUGACCUGUAAUGGAGUUCGAGAUAAGACUGCAUAUGUUUCUAUACAACAGUUUACUGAAAUGAAUCUCCUAAGUGAUUAUCGGUUUUUGGAAGAUGUGGCAAGAACAGCAGACCACAUUUCUAGAGAUGCUUUCUUAAAAAGACCAAUAAGCAAUAAACGUAUGUACUUUAUGAAAAAUCGUGCCAGAAGACAAGGUAUUAAUUUAAAGCUUCUACCUAAUGGAUUCACCAAGAGAAAAGAAAAUUCAACAUUUUUUGAUAAGAAAAAACAACAGUUUUGUUGGCAUGUGAAGCUCCAGUUUCCUCAGAGUCAGGCUGUGUACAUAGAAAAAAGAGUACCAGAUGAUAAAACUAUUAAUGAAAUCCUAAGACCUUACAUUGAUCCUGAAAAGUCUGAUCCUGUAAUUCGUCAAAGGUUGAAAGCCUACAUUCGCUCUCAGACUGGGGUCCAAAUUUUAAUGAAGGUUGAAUAUAUGCAGCAAAAUUUAGUAAGGUAUUAUGAACUGGAUCCUUACAAAAGUCUCCGUGACAAUUUGAGGAACAAAGUGAUCAUUGAGUAUCCAACAUUACAUGUGGUAUUGAAAGAAUCCAGUCAUGACAUGGAAGUUCUUCACCAAGGGAGAAGUGAAUCUACCAAGAACAUUGGCAAUGAAAAUUGAGCACUUCUUCUGGAGGAAGAAGGCGAAAAUUCCCAGACAAUUGCAGAGGACUGACUAUGCAUUGACUAGCUGUUGGAUGACUGGGAUAUUGUCAGUGGGUGGUUGAAAUUUGUUGUUUCUCUGAGUAAUUAAACAAUCUAAAAAUAUUUUU